AUGUUGCUUGGUCCCGUGACAAACGCGCACCCGCGUUGUGGCGGCGCGUCUUUCGCUUUUGAGCACAUUCAAGAAAGCAAUUUACCAGCCAAGCUGUGUAGGCGAACUAUGGCGCCACUAAAGCGAAUCCAAGUCGUGAACGAAGAUGCCUUGGAGUUUCAGGCAACACAGCUCAUUCACGACAAAUACUCGUUUCAUACCGACGAGGCGAACGUUCCUGCCGAUCACGGCAUCAUCGAGCGUGUAGAUUGCUUUAAUUUCAUGUGCCAUGAACAUUUUUCAGUUGAACUGGGGCCGUUGAUCAACUUCAUUGUCGGCAAGAAUGGAAGUGGGAAGAGCGCCAUUCUGACUGCGCUUACUCUAUGCUUGGGAGGGAAAGCCUCCGCGACAAACAGAGGUCAAAAUCUGAAAAGUUUUAUCAAAGAGGGGAAAGAGUCAUGUACCAUCAUUGUACGCAUAAAAAACCAAGGGGAUGGCGCUUACAUGCCAGACGAUUUUGGCAAGUCUAUCAUUGUGGAGCGUCAUUUCUCAAAGCAUGGGACCUCCGGAUUCAAAGUAAAAAAUGAAGGAGGCAAGAUAGUCUCCACCAAAAGGGCCGAUUUGGACGCGAUCACGGACUUUUUCAAUCUACAGAUCGACAACCCUAUGAAUGUGCUCUCACAGGAUAUGGCUCGUCAGUUUUUGAGCUCAUCCAGUGCGGCAGAGAAAUACAAGUUUUUCGUAAAAGGCGUGCAGCUGGAACAACUGGAUCAUGAUUAUCGCCUCAUUGAGGAAUACGUGGACCAAAUCAAGCAGAAACUCAGUGUUCGGAAAGACGACGUCAAGGCCCUACAAGAUGAAAAGGACAAGGCAAAGCGACGUUUAGAACUCUCAGAUCAAAGGAGUUCCCUAAGGGAACGUGUCGCGAAUUUGCGAGGGCAGAUGGCGUGGGCGCAGGUUGAGGAACUUGAAAGAGUGCGUAUAUGA